AGGCGCUGGGCGCUGUUGGUGAAAGGACAGACACGACGUAGUUCCUGGUCGCGCGACAUUCUUCUAACUUCAACGCAAACGCGCUUCUGAGACCUCAGAAAGGCGGAGCAAACACAGGAUGCAGCAACACGACCCGACGUACACAGCGCUCUGCAACUCCGUUACCCUGCAGUCCAACAAUCAGGGCUUCUUCCUCGAUUUCGCUGACCACGUGACCGAUACUGUAGACUCCGAGUGGAUUAACGGGAAGUUCGCGCUUCUCCGGACCGACGAGGAACGGCUCAGGGCUUGCUACGAGCUCGGUGACUGCGUGCAUGGCGUGUUGCAGAACGUGCAGGAGCUGUAUCGUAAGAAGAGUGCGCCACUGUCUGCUCAGAAAAGGCGCGAGGCGGAGAGGUACCUCGAUGCGGGGGAUCCCCGCCAAGCCCUGCUACUCUGCAACCACGCCGUCAUACGCGCGCCACCCACAGGAGCAGAUCCGAGUGUGGACGAAGGCUUGAGUCUUACCCUCGGCCUGGCAGUGAGAUCCGAGUCCCUGCUGCAACUAGAGGAACACGAAGCCUGCCUUUCUGACAUUCAACUCGCCAUCCGAGAGGGAUUCCCGCUGCAUCGCAGGUACGAACUGUACUGGCGAAUGGGGCGAAGCUACCGAGAACUGGGGCAGGUCCCAAAGGCACGAGUGUCCCUACAACUCGCCCUGACUCUGCUGGAAGAAAGCAAGGACAAGAUCGGUCCUCUGGAGGCGAUCUCUUCGUCAGUCAGGCUACAGAACGAGGCGUCGCAACUGGGGAUGGAACAGUUGCCACGACAACUGGAGGCAACCCCUAUCAAAGGACCUACUGUACCCACAGUUAGUCGGGGGAGAAACCCUGACAUGCCUUCAGCAUCUCGCCUAGUGACCGUGACCUCGAGUCCAGAGCAGGGACGGUAUGCUGUAGCGACAGGACGCAUCGCGACUGGGGACACGGUUGUGGUAGAGGCACCUUACGCAGCCUGCCUCCUGCCUGACAUGUUCGGAACACACUGUCACCACUGCUUCGUCAGAUUACUGGCACCAGUGGGCUGCUCAGAGUGCAGUGGGAUAGCAUUCUGCAGCACGAACUGCAGGGACCAGGCCGUGGGCUCUUACCACCGCUACGAAUGCCAUUACAUGGACCUGUUGGUGGGCUCUGGUAUGAGCAUCCUGUGCCACCUUGCACUUCGUAUGUUAACACAAUCCGGGCUUCAGCACUUUCUGGGCAUGAAGGAUACCUUGCAAGAGUCCUUCCUACAACCAAACAUGCACCCAGGGGGCUAUGCGAGCGUGUACAACCUGGUGACCCACGCAGAUGAACGCCCAGCAAAAGACUUCAUGCACAGGACGUUAAUGGCCCUGUUUCUGUUACGCUGUCUACAAGAGGCACACUUUUUCCAAACAAACACAAACAACACAGACGCACUGAGUCCUGAUGAGCUGUUCAUUGGUUCCCUAAUCAUCCGUCACCUGCAGCUUCUACAGUUCAAUGCUCACGAGAUCUUUGAAACACAAAUGGAAGCUCCAAACAAAUUCCGAGGUUCCAAAACUCUUUACGUGGGAGUUGGAAUAUACCCUACAGUGGCCAUGUUCAACCACGACUGUCACCCUGCACUUGCGAGGUAUUUCGUGAGCAAAUACAUCGUACUGCGAGCGAUACGUCCAUUGGACACUGGAGACUGUGUCUCAGAGAAUUAUGGGCCAAUCUUCACCAAGCGACCCUUGGAUUUCCGGCAGAGAACUCUGUGUUCCCGUUACUGGUUCAAAUGCAGUUGUCAAGCUUGUACUGAAGACUGGCCGACUUACGAUACUCUGACCAGUGACAGUCUUCGACUGAGGUAAGCACUGCACGGGUAUG